AUGAGGACACCUGGCUGGUGGGCCUCCAGAACAGUGGUUCUCAAAGGGCAUGGCCUCACCCCAGACCCACAAAUGCCAAAGUGGGAGUCUAGUGUUGAGGUGUAUGGAGUCCACCAGCAGUUGGGGAACCUGAGAGCUGCUGCCAUCCUAUCCAGCCUGGCACCUGCCUCUCUGCCUUCCCAGCCAGUUCCUACAUCGGUUCCCCAAUUGUCCCCCUUCUUGGUUCAUUUCAGUGGAAAUUUGGGAGCAAGUGGAGGACAGCGUGGUAACUGCCUUCAUCUUGAACUGAGCCUGGUCCCUUUUAAAUUUUUGUGUGUGUCGUCUGUAGGGAUGUUUUUUCUUAACAAAUAG